AUAAUAAUUCCACUCAAGAUGGGACUGAAGCGCCAGGAAGUUUGUGAUCCUGAAAUGCUGAAGGAAGUUCAAAAACAGCUAAGGUUGAACUUACGGCUUUGGGGAACUACACCCGAUGCAGCAAAGAUAUUGCUGUCCACAUACAGCUCACAGGCAAAGCACUUGGAAGAGUUGAUGACAAGGACUUUAAAGCUGGGAGAAAGUAAUUCUGCUCUCGUCUUAGCAGCAAGAGGAGUAGGGAAGUCCGCACUUGUGAACAUCAUACUGGAGAAUCUCGCUUCCUCAGGGACUUUGGGGGAAGGAGUAGUCGUCCGUCUGUCAGGGUUGUUGCAGACAGAUGACAGGCUGGCUCUGAAGGAAAUCACGUGCCAGUUGAGAUUAGAGAAUGCAACAGCAAAUAAAGUCUUUGGUUCUUUUGCAGAAAACUUGGCCUUCUUGCUUGAGUCACUCCGCAGUGGUAGCAAAGAGACCUCGAAACCUGUGAUCUUCCUUCUCGAUGAGUUUGACUUAUUUUGCCACCAUCACAACCAGACUUUACUUUAUAAUCUCUUUGAUGUUGCUCAGUCAGCACAGGCACCAAUUUGUGUAAUAGGCUUGACAUGCCGUCUUGAUGUUAUCGAACUGCUAGAAAAGAGGGUCAAGUCACGAUUCUCACACAGACAAAUACACCUUUUCUCUGAGGAAAAGUUUGAGCCACAGUAUGUUAAUACCAUCAAGUUGCUCUUGAGCUUGCCUGAAACAUUUCUUCACAAGAGUUUCGUCAAAGCUUGGAAUGCUCAAAUAGAUGAUUUGAUGAAGACUGAUGAGGUCCUGAGAGUUACCAAAAGACUGUAUGACACAACACGUGAUAUUAGGGCUCUGAAAACCUUGUUGCUUGUGUGUGUGAGCCAGAUGAGUGCAGACAGGCCUAAGCUGACACCGGAGAUGUUUACUGCAGCACAGCCCAUAAUGAGAGCUGAAGCAAAAACUAAUAUGUUACAGGGACUGUCUAUUCUGCAGCUUUGUUUGAUUAUAGCCAUGAAACACCUGACAGUUAUCUAUGAAGGUGAGCCAUUUAAUUUUGAAAUGGUAUUUCACGAAUACCUGAAAUUCAGCCAGAGAAAGUCGACCAUGCAGAGCUUUGAGCGUCCAGUCGUAUUCAAAGCCUUUGACCAACUAAAGUGCCUAGAGCUGGUUCGGCCUGUGGAUAACACUCGUGGGAUACAACGUGAAUAUCAGCUUGUGCAGAUGAUGAUUACACCGCUACAAGUGAUGGACUCCCUGAACCAACUCCCAGGAAUACCAACAGAUGUGCAACAAUGGGCCACCUGCUCAUUUGCAUAAUUCUAAACCUUUUAAGGUUUACUUAUCCUAAUAAUAUGUUCUCCUAAUUCAGUACUGAUGAAAAAUGAAUGAUUCCUUAUUUUUUGUAUUUUUAUGAAUAAAAAGCAACCACACCUUUGA